AGUCCACGAGGAGGAGGGUGCGCUGUGCCGCGCCCGCGUGUGGAUGGCAGCUGUGUCUUCUAGAAGAAGUUGGUUCUUGUCCGGAAUACUUUUCUUCAGUGCCCCACCCCUUGAAUCAAGCCGCUGCCUCCGGCGGCUGGAGCUGGGACUGUGGAGUUUGAGGCAGCUGUCAAAAACAAGGGUGGGGGUGUCUUGUCUUCUCUGGUGUGGACAGAGGAGAUGUCCUUAAACCUCUCCCCAUCCUUUACAAACUAAACGUACUCUUUGCCAGCCAGGGGAGGAAAGGUCCCAAAGGAGAAACCAGUGCGACCGCUGAGGGCCGAGGGAUGGGGAUGGCACUCUUGCCACGGGCAGGCAGGCAUGACCCUGCUUCUGGGCUCCGCCACCCUGGAGAGGGACGGGUGAUCUCGGGCCCCAGGACCAGGGCCGUGGAGCUGGAAGGUGUUGUUGCAGCGUCCGGCAGUGACUCUGAGGAUGAAGACAGCAUGGACAGUCCCCUUGACCUUUCCUCGUCAGCGGCCUCUGGCAAGAGAAGGAGGAGAGGCAAUCUGCCCAAGGAGUCGGUGCAGAUCCUUCGAGACUGGCUAUAUGAGCACAGAUACAAUGCCUAUCCCUCAGAGCAAGAGAAAGCCCUGCUGUCACAGCAGACGCACCUGUCCACACUACAGGUCUGCAACUGGUUCAUCAACGCCCGCCGCAGGCUCCUCCCUGACAUGCUGAGGAAGGACGGCAAAGAUCCAAAUCAGUUCACGAUUUCCCGCCGUGGGGCCAAGAUUUCAGAAGCUAGUUCUAUUGAAGCUGCAAUGGGUAUCAAAAACUUCAUGCCAACUCUAGAAGAGAGCCCGUUUCAUUCCUGUGUAGUUGGACCCAACCCAACCCUAGGGAGACCAAUGUCUCCCAAACCUCCCUCCCCGGGAUCCAUUUUGGCUCGCCCAUCAGUGAUCUGCCAUACCACUGUGACUGCACUGAAGGAUGGGCCUUUCUCUCUCUGCCAGCCGGGUGGUGUGGGACAGAGUGCCGAUGCACGGCAGAUGGCACCCAGCAACUUUAUAGACACAACUCUCUCGUACCCAGAGGACACUUGCAAAUCGGGACCCAGUCCAAACCCUCAGAGUGGUCUCUUCAACACUCCUCCCCCCACUCCGCCAGACCUCAACCAGGAUUUCAGUGGAUUCCAGCUUCUAGUGGAUGUUGCACUCAAACGGGCGGCAGAGAUGGAGCUUCAGGCCAAACUCACAGCUUAACAGUUUUUCAAACAAAACAGUUCUCCAAAACAGUCCUGAUUGCCCGGUGUGAUGGCAAGAGAUGCAUUAUUUUAUAUAUUUUUCUAUUAAUAUUUGCACAUGGGAUUGCUCAAACGAAGCUUCCUGUUACUAAGAUGUCUUCAACAGAAUAGAGUCAUUCCAAGAACUACAAACUAAAGCUACUGUAGAAACAAAGGGUUUUCUUUUCGAAUGUUUCUUGGUAGUUUCUCAUAAUGUGAGACGGUUCCCAGUAUCAUGUGAUCUUCUCCUCCCGACUCCUUUUUUUUUUUCAA